CCAAUUGUUUAUGAUGAAUGAAAAAUGCUAAAUAUAACAAUACUGUAUUGUGUAUGGCUAGUGUAGAUCAGGUAUCUGGGAUAUAGGACUCCAGCUCCUCCUCCAGUAGAAUAUCUAGUAUGUGUAGACCAGGAAUAUGGAGUAUUCUAACCGGAGCACUCAUUCUUCUUCCCUUCUCCCUGGGGAUGCCAGAUCCAUUGAAUUCAAAGUACCUAGCUGAACUAAAAGAUGAGUUGGCUGCUGUAGGUGUUCCACACAAUGAUGAGCUAUGGGAGUCUGUGUCAAUUGAAGAUGAGCCUGUCAAAGGUUAUGAAGAACAAUCUUCAGAAAAGGCAACUGGCUCUGAAGAAGUGGGAACGAAUGGGGAUGACUACAGUUCUGAUAUUGAAGUACCAGAAAGCUCUGACAAGUAUAUAUCUGGUGUACAACCAGUGUCAAAUAUUAAAUCAAUAGAAAACACACAAACCGUCAAAAGAAUUGAGCCGGUGGUAAAUGUACAAGAACUUGCUCGGGCUGAAGAAAUCAAAAGCAUACAGCCCAUUACCGGAAUGCAAGAAGUCCUGAGUAUGACACCUAUAACUAGUAAACAAGAAGUUAAAGACAUUAAGGAAAUCAAAUCAAUCCAGGAGAUAGCCAACUUGAUUCCUCUUGACAGUGAGAAAGCUAAGAUGUUUAUUAAACAAGAAGGAUUAGAUGGAUCGCCAGUGGUAGGCUAUUCUGGAAAAUCUGAUGGAGAGGAUUAUUCCUCCGACCCUCUGCCCAGUUUACCAGCAGAACCUAAACUUCCUGCCGUCACACCCGUUGCAGCUCCAAGGGGAUAUUCAGAAAAGGCUCCCGUAAGCGCUGCCGCCCAACCGUAUUCAGGUAAACCUGAAGGUCUAUUGGAACCUAUAGAGAGGGAUAUUGAAAAGGAGGAUAAGAUUAACAAGCUUCUUGAUGAUGAAUAUUCCAGAGGUCUGGCCAGAUUGAAGGGUAUAGAGCAAGUAAAAGCAAAGCAUAAGCUUGCACGGGCAGAAAGAAUAAAAAAGUUGGGCGAGGUCAAGCGAAUGCUAGAGGUUAAAAGUAUGGAAGAAGUGAGACAAAUGAAUGGUAUCAAAUCUAUCAAUGAAGUAAAGAGUAUGCAAGAAGUGAAAAGUAAGAAGGAAGUAUUAAGAAAACAUGAAGUUAAAAGUCAACAGGAAGUUCUAUCUAAGCAUGAAAUCAAAUCUAUGGAACCUGUGACUAGUAUAGAUGAAGUAAAGAAGAUCUAUGAACUAACUGAUGAACAAGCUGACCGUCUCAAAGCAUUGGCAAGUAAAAACUGACGGAGGGAAUCUUCUAGAAAAGUCUGAAUUUAUCAAUUUUUAUGAAAUAUAUCUUCUAUAUAUGUAUA